AUGGUUUGGGGCAGCUCCGAAAAGGCCGGCAGCCGCACGGCUGACAGUGAGAUUCAUUUGAAUGAUCAGGAUAUUGAAGCGUUCUUUAUUCGCAACGGAUUUGAUGUGAGGACUCGAGAUGCGUGCGAUGAAUAUGCUCGUGUGCGGUUCCCUGGCCUGGAAGCAACGCCGACGUCGACACAGGGCUAUUGCUCUUAUACGUUGAAUCUAUCAAAGGAUUAUUUGCUGCAGUUUCGGCCAGAAGCUUUCAUGUUGGAUAUGGAUACUUGCAGCGAGGUGAAGGCUAUUUAUGGCAAAUACGCUCCGACAACCACGUACCUAGGCAAGGUCCAAGACAUCGUGAUACAACAUCUCGAUAGCCAUGUCGGAUCACCAGCGAUGCACGUCUACCUGCAUAAACGGAUCCCGGGAAUCCCUCUAUCGGAGUUUCGGACGAGGCGGAAGAUGAAUGGCCGUGAAGCUGACGACAAGAUAUACAACAAGAGGCUGAUGCGCGGCCUGGCCAAGGUUUUUGCCAUGGGAUUUCGCGGGCGACAGCCUCUCGGAGACGUGGCGAUGCUAGCGGGCAGCAUUUCCAAGGGAAGAAUCGGCGAGUCUAUGAGGUGGCGUCUCGGCCUUUUGAAUGGCCUCCCGGGAGAAGAUUUGCGAAGGCACGUCUCUGGAGCGCAGAGCCGGCUUGACAGCGUAGAGGCGUCGGAUUGGUGUCUUACGCACGGAGAUGUUCUUCCGGGCAACAUGAUGGUCGAUGCAAAGACGGGACGAUUGACGGGACUCAUUGACUGGGCUGAGGCAGAAUGGCUGCCCUUUGGGAUGGCUCUGUACGGCGUUGAAGAGGUCCUCGGAGAGCACGUUCCGUCGGAAGGUUUCAGAUAUUAUCACGACCACGAAGAAUUGCGUCAAGUAUUUUGGAGAAAAUUCUUGUCCUUGACUGGACGAGAGGCGAUGCAGCUGAGACAAGUGGAAGCAGCACGAAGGUUGGGUAUCUUACUCUGGAGGGGCAUUGCGUUUGACGAUGGGAGGAUAGACCGAGUUGUGGAGGCCGGGAGGGACGAUUCGGAGAUACAGAAGCUGCGGCUGUUUCUAGAGGCGCCGAGCGUGUUGGAGAAUUCAGAUAAAGUGCGUCAUCAAAGCAUUUUUUGGGAUUUUGGAUACUUUUCGUGUUGGGGAGGUGUUGAGUGGAUGAGAAUGAGGAAGAGGAGGGCGUUUUUGAGAAGAAGUGGUGAUGAAGGCAGAGAUUCGGAGUCUGUUGUACAGAAUGUCAUGGGGAAGAGGUGA